CGCCGCCCCUCACUUAUUAUCUUCCGGGCACUUACGUAUAACAUGUUACGGAAUGGACUCUUAACAGCGCUUAGUCAAGUGUCCUUACUAGUAAAUUAACUGCUUUUAAUGCCUUAUCUGAAUGGCAUAAGCUAAAGUAUGCACUCACAGAUAUUAUGUAGCGGCACGGCAGCGGCUGUCGCUGCCCGUAGAAUGAGGAAUAUCCUCGGUUGUGUUCUGGGCAGAGACAGCUGGAUGUGGAAGACACAUGAGGUCAAACUUCUUAACACUUCUUCAGGUGACACAGUGCAAAUUGGAGACAUUUCAUACAAAUUAAAAGCCCCACGGAAUCCUGAACUAGUUCCAGUGAAGCACAUUUCAGACUCUAUACCUCAGACAGUGGCUCAACAUCUACGAUGGAUCAUGCAGAAAGACAUUUUAGGACAGGACGUGUUUCUUAUAGGCCCCCCUGGACCUCUGAGACGAUCGAUUGCUAUGCGGUACCUUGAGUUGACGAAGCGUGAAGUGGAGUAUGUGGCUCUGUCCAGAGACACCACUGAGACUGACCUGAAGCAGAGGCGGGAGAUCCGGUCAGGAACAGCCUUCUACAUUGAUCAGUGUGCGGUUCGGGCGGCGACCCAGGGGCGGGUUCUGGUGUUGGAAGGUCUCGAAAAGGCAGAGAGAAAUGUCCUGCCGGUCCUCAACAACCUGCUGGAGAAUCGGGAGAUGCAGCUGGAGGAUGGACGCUUCUUGAUGUCAGCAGAACGUUACGACAAGCUGCUGCAGGAGCACACCAAAGAAGAACUGGACAGCUGGAAGAUUGUGCGAGUGAGUGAGGACUUCCGGGUGAUAGCUCUCGGCCUUCCUGUCCCAAAGUACAAAGGCAACCCUCUGGACCCCCCCUUGCGCUCUCGCUUCCAGGCUAGAGACAUCUACUACUUGCCAUUCAAGGACCAACUGGAACUGUUGUACUCUGCAGGACCAAAUGUAUCUGCAGAAAGAGUGUCACAGCUUCUGUCUUUAGCAACGACCUUAUGCUCCCAGGAAUCAUCUACCCUGGGACUUCCUGACUUUCCAGUUGACAACCUUCUUUCUGGCAUCAACAUCUUGAAUGCGUUCCCCAUGUUGUCCUCCCAGCAGCUGGUCCAGAGACUUUACCCUUACAACAAUAUCUUAGGGAAAGAAGGACGUUCAGCAGUGGAAGGUGUUCUCAGUCGGUUCGAGCUGUUGGAUGGACGGCGGCAGCAGCAACCCAGUUCCAUUCAGAGUGUAUCUAGGACACACAGUGUUGAAGGAACAGCUGAUGUCACCUUACUAGUUGCGAACAAAGGCAUCACCUUUCAGGUCCCUGCUGGUGCCAAAGAGCUCCGCCCCCCCAACAGCGGCCCCACCUUCAUCACCACGGCCAGUCACUCACAACUGAUCGCAGAAAUGAUGCAGUCACACAUGGUUAAGGACAUCUGUCUGAUUGGCGCCAAGGGUUGCGGCAAGUCUGUGAUUGCGAGGGAGUUUGCAGAGAUGCUGGGUUACAGCAUUGAGCCUGUCAUGCUCUACCAGGACAUGACAGCGCGGGACCUUCUCCAGCAGCGAUACACUCUUCCCAAUGGUGACACAGCAUGGCGGCCUUCGCCUCUAGUGACUGCUGCCUUGGAAGGCAAACUGCUUUUGCUGGAUGGAAUACACAGGGUCAAUCUUGGAACUUUGGCAGUCCUCUCAAGGUUGCUUCACGACAGGGAACUGGAUCUGUAUGACGGGACCAGGCUACUGCGGUGGGACCGAUACCAGACCCUGAAGGAGCACCUACAGUACACGGAUGAACAACUGAAGGAGAGGUCAAUCUUCCCCAUUCACCCAUCGUUCAGGGUGCUUGCCCUAGCAGAGCCCCCUGUGGUGGGCGCCAGUACGGCCGGCAGCAACAGCAAGGGUCAGCAGUGGUUGGGCCCAGAGCUGCUCACUAUGUUCCUCUACCACACAGUCCAUCCUCUGUCCAGAACUGAGGAGAUCACUCUCAUCCAAGGGCUGACUCCCAAUGUUCCUCCAGAAGCUGUAGAGCAACUGUUGCAUCUUACACACGGUCUCCGCCAAACAAAUGAUCAAACAGCUCUGUCUCUGGCUUCUUCUCUUUCCACCAGACAGCUACUGAGGAUCUGUCGCCGGCUCUCGCAGUACCCCGAGGAGAGUGUCGCCCACGCUGUCAAUAAGGCCUGUCUCUCGAGGUUCCUUCCCAGUCUGGCUCGAGCUUCACUACAGAAAAGUUUGGCCAAUUGCUCCAUAAAAGAAACCUCAGAUGCUACUGAACACACACGUGAUUUCAGCUGUAAGGUCAAAGACGGAGUAUUGACUAUAGGCAAGGUGUCAGCUCCCGUAUUCAGGCCGCAGGAGACUCUGAAGGUUCCAGAUGUGCUUUUCUACGAUAACCCUCAGCACAUCAUGGUGAUGGAGGACAUGUUGAAGGACUUCCUGUUGGGAGAACACCUUCUGUUGGUGGGCAACCAGGGAGUGGGCAAAAACAAAAUAGUGGACCGUUUCCUACAUCUUCUGAACAGGCCGAGAGAAUACCUGCAGCUGCACAGAGACACCACUGUCCAGACUCUGACUCUGCAGCCGUCAGUACGAGAUGGAAUCAUCAUGUAUGAGGAUUCACCCCUGGUGAAAGCUGUGAAAUUUGGACACAUUCUUGUGAUCGAUGAGGCCGACAAAGCGCCCACCAACGUAACCUGCAUCUUGAAAACCCUGGUGGAGAGCGGCGAGAUGAUCCUGGCAGAUGGAAGAAGAAUCAUCUCAGAUCCACGUGAAUCUGAGGGAAAGGUGAACACCAUCGUCAUGCAUCCAGACUUCAGAAUGUUGGUUCUGGCCAACCGACCCGGAUUCCCGUUCCUUGGGAAUGACUUUUUUGGUGCUUUAGGCGACAUCUUCAGCUGUCAUGCUGUGGACAAUCCCAAACCCAAAGCAGAACUGGCCAUGUUGAAGCAGUACGGCCCAGAUGUUCCUGACGCUACUCUGGAGAAGCUGGUGGCUGCUUUCGGAGAGCUGCGCUCGAUGGCUGACCAGGGAUCCAUCACGUAUCCCUACUCCACCAGAGAGGUGGUCAACAUUGUCAAGCACCUUCAGAAAUUCCCUAAUGAGGGGUUGGCCAACGUGGUGCGCAACGUCUUUGACUUCGACUCGUACAACAAGGACAUGAGGGAGGUUCUGAUCGAGGCGCUGCACAAGCACGGGAUUCCCAUCGGGGCCAAGCCGAGCUCCGUCAGUCUGGCCAAGGAGUUGCCGCUGCCAGAGGUCAAGAUGACAGGAUACUGGACCAUUAAUCAAGGUGUCAACGCUCGAAGGAAAAUGCUCUGCCCGGCUGAGACUCGGAGGAUAGAUGUGAAGGGCCCGGUGUUCUUGCGUGUCCAGAGUUACCCGUGCAACAGACAGGAAAGCCGGGCGAUGAGUUUCAGCGAGGAGAAAGUCCACUGGCAAAUUCCCAUGAAUGAAGUGAACAUCAUUUGUGAUGUCACCACUAAAGAUGAUGUGAUGUACGUGGCCACGUGUAACCCGGUGUCCCUGUACUCCAUGAAGGAGCGGGGGGAGGCGAUACAGUGCAUGGAGCUGUACGACGUCUUCCCUCGCACCAUCAGCGGAGUCUGGCAGCCUUUCGUCACCGUCGCUCCUCUAGGGAACCCCCUGGAGGGGCAGGUGGUUCUGCACGAGGAGCAGAGCAACACGAUUCUCCAUCUGGACAUGGUCAGCGGUGCUGUGCGUCGACUCAUGUUGUCUCCAGAGAGCGACCCGCCUACGGCCAGAUCCUCAAACUGGUGGAGCAGCAAAGAGGAGCAGGUUGCCUACAAAAUGUGUCGCGACUUUUCUCACAAGAACUGGCUCCUCUUCUACAAGGAGGAAGGGAACCAGCUGGAGGUGCUGGACGUUCUGGAGGGCCAGGUCCACUCCAUCUCACUGCCCAUCAACUUGAAGUCAGUUUUCCUCGUGGCAGAGGAUCGAUGGCUGCUGCUCGAGAGCAACACCAACAAGAAGUUCCUGCUGACCAAGCCCAUGCACAUGGCUCCGGAGGACUCUGGCGUCUGUCAGCUGCACAGCAUCAGCGACGACUCGGCAAGCGCAGGUCACGGCGUCAGCUCAGACGGAGUUCAACCUCAGAUGCUCUCAUCUUACCAGCUUCCCAACGAGAAUCUCAGUGCUGCUUUGGACCAGAAGAUUGCUUCACCCAAUCGCAUCAUGACAGAUACCGGGUCGUACGCUCGGCUCAUUGUUGGCUUCCCAGAACUCAUGUCUCCCAACGAGGUCUACAGCUUCCAAAGACCAGCAGACCUGUCGGCCAUGAAGAGCGGGGAAAGCGGCGCCCACUCAUUCUUCAGAUCAGGACUUCGGUCCGGCUCAGCCAAACGAGACAACUGCGCCAGUUUGCUCUCAUCCAACCAGGUGGUCAGAGCGCUGCCACCUAGCAAGGUCCCCCUGAAGGAAGUCUACCCCAAAGAUGUCACACCCCCAAUGGCAGCAGCGUAUCUGGAAGUGACAGACCUGAACUCAAAAAAAGUCAAAUACAUUGCAGUUCCAAGGUCAAUGACAGUGUCGCCUUACACCAGCUGGUUGUCCAAAGUGUCGGAGUCCGACGUGCUGAUGGCUCCUCUGGGGUCAGGAGGUGUGGUCACAGUGGACAUGGGGGGUUAUGUCCGAGUGUGGGAGACAGGACUAGACAACCUCCAGAGAUCCCUGAUGGAGUGGAGAACCAUGAUUGGGUCAGAGGAUGGAAGACCAGUCCAGAUUACCAUCCAGAAGGAAAGCGGUUUAGACGUCACAGCCCCAAAACACGGAAAGAUUGAUCUUAAAAAUGCCCCUCACGUCGGUGGAAACCAGUGGGCUGGUGGAACAGGUGGAAGAGACACGGCAGGUCUGGGAGGUAAGGGAGGUCCAUAUCGGCUGGAUGCGGGACACAAGGUCUACCAGGUGUCUCAGGCAGAGAAGGAUGCCGUUCCUGAGGAUGUCCGCAGAGCUGCUCGGGAGAUGGCAGAGAAGGCUUUCAAAGAAAGGCUACGGGAGAUUGACAUGAGUGAGUACGACGCAGAUACCUACGAACGCUUUUCCAGUGCAGUCAGGAGGCAAGUUCAGUCUCUGCGCAUCAUCCUGGACAAUUUGCAGGCCAAAGGGAAGGAGCGACAGUGGCUGAAGAAUCAGGCGCUCGGGGAACUGGACGACGCAAAGAUCAUCGACGGGCUAACGGGCGAGAAGUCUAUUUAUAAACGCAGAGGAGAACAGGAGCCAGAGCUGGGCAGCCCUCAGCAGAAGCCCAAGCGACUGCGGGUGCUAGCUGACGUGUCGGGAAGCAUGUACCGUUUCAACGGCGUGGACGGCAGGCUGGAGCGCUCCAUGGAGGCCGUGUGCAUGGUGAUGGAGGCGCUGGAGAACUAUGAACACAAGUUCAAGUACGACAUCAUGGGCCACUCUGGCGACGGCUUCGACAUCGAGCUGGUCAGAGCCGACAAAGUGCCCAAGAAUGACAAGCAGAGGCUCAAAGUUCUGAAGACGAUGCAUGCUCACUCUCAGUUCUGCAUGAGCGGAGACUUCACCCUGGAAGGCACUGAGCACAGCAUCAAGGAGUUGGGACGCGAGGAAGCCGACGAGCAUUUCGUCGUGGUUCUAAGCGACGCUAACUUGGAGCGCUACGGGAUCCGGCCUGAACACUUCGCCCAGGUCCUGACCUCUGACCCGCAGGUCCAUGCCUUCGCCAUUUUCAUCGGAUCUCUGGGCGAUCAGGCUGAAAGACUUCAAAAGACUCUUCCUGCUGGAAGAUCCUUCGUUGCCAUGGACACCAAACAGAUCCCUCAAAUACUGCAGCAGAUUUUCACGUCCACCAUGUUGUCCAGUGUCUGAAACAUACAAAGUUGGAAAACAGAAACCAAGACCAAGAGGUAGAUUGGAGUCAUCACAUGACACCUCGCUCGAGAAAGAAGGAAGUGCAGGACGUUUUUGUGAUUUGCUUUUUGUUUCACUCUUCUGAAUGAGAGAACAUCUGAAUCUGACCCUGUGUGAACUAUGACCUGUGAUGCUCUGUUUUUACGGAUAACAAUGAAGAGUCAAUCUCGUACAGAUAGUCAUGAGGGUCGUCCCUCCAGCUCUGUGAGCCGUCACUGAGCGUCCAGGUUACUUGUGUACAGUGAUGCAGAAACAAGUCACCUGUCCACCAGUUCAUGGAUUUCUCCUGGCAAAUCUAAAUGAAAAUGACUGUAAAAUAAAAAAAUAUCAGACACAUAAUUGAUUUAUUGUUUAUAGUUGAGUAUAUUGAUCAUGUGAGUUGCUUGAAAUAAUGAUUUGUACUUGCAGCGCGUCUUGAUCCCAGAUCAUAUUUCACCCAGUCUCAGGAGGAAAGAGUCAUCUCACUGACGUGACAGAGUUUAUCUGCCAUCAGCUGCUGCCACAAGCGCUGUCGAGGUUGCCAGGCAAAAUCUGACGCCUUGUCCAGCGCAAGGUCGCUUUCAGUGGCCGGACUCAAACAACCUGCUGCUUUUACACGCUGUGUUCAGGUCCACUUUUCGUUCUGGAAUCCUUUUAUGGGCUGAAACAAACCUCACAGUGGGAGGUGAAAACGAAAGGCGACACUUGGAGGGUGCCAGUGUCAAUAUCUUGGCUGGAUGAGCAGCAGGGAAUUUCCCACCUGACUUCGCUUUCGCUCUUUCAAGGCUGCCGCUGUAGGAGCAUGUAUGAGUGUGUGUGUGUGUGUUCUCUGGCAGCGUCCAUGUCAACAUGAUCGCCCCCUUUUCCUUCCUGGCUUCUGGAUCUUGUGACACCCACUGACCGCCUCAGUCCCGCAUGGAAUCCCAGAUCACCUUUCAUUACUGACCCCCCAUUUCUUAACUGUGACGGCAAAAUGUCUGUCGCCGAGUUGGGUUUAUCAUAACUUGACUGUCAUGAUUUCAUUUUCUUGUUUCUGUUAUCCGCUUUUUAUUGUCUAUUUAUCUGUUGUUUUUCACACUAAUUUUGUUUCUGCUGUGUCACAAUAAUGAGCUCUUUAAGGCUGCUUUGUGUUGGACAAUAACAAACCUCAUUUUUAUUUACAACAGCAGUCAGAAUUUGACUCUCAUUUAAGGCAUAAAAUUGCAGAAUAACGGCUUCAUAUUUAUACACAAUAGCAUGUUCAACUGUAGAUACCUUUGCCUUAUGUGAUUGUAUAGAAUUAUUUGUGAUGUAAUUCAUUAAAGUUAUCAUA